AUGUCGCUCUCCCUUUUGUUCUUCCUGAACCUCCUGGCGCGGGCCUCCGCCUGGGCCCGCGUGGCCGCGACCUUCGAGGCCGUGGCAGGGCGCAACGCCUCGCUGGCGGAACACCUCAAAGGCCUCCAGCCGCGGCCACCGCGACCGCGGCCGUCGUGGCCCGCUUUCAAGGGUGGCCUGCAGCUGCUCGGCGCCUGCUGCGGCGAGCAGAGACCGAAGGCCCUGGAGGUGGAGACCUCCAUCAACAGCAACACGCUCUACGGCUCCACUAAGGAGGUAGCCGAGGUCUUGUUCAACGCCUCGGCUUGCGUACCGGUUCCUGAGACCGACAGGGGCCAGCAGGCCAAAGCAGGCUGCGCCUACGUCGCCAUCUUUGCGAACACGGAGUUCGCCGACAAUGAGUUCGCUGCGAACUGCGUUCCUGCACAGGUUUGCAAGGACGACGUUUUGGGCAAGACGAAGGGGCUGAUUGCAACCUACGGAGUGCUCCUGCAGACCAUGCAAGAAAACCUCGGAUCUCUGGUUUAUUUGUCCGAGGGCCCCAUCAGCAAAUGCUACGAGGGACGAGAUAAGAUCAACCUCGGGAAGCUGCAAUCGCUGCUCCAGGAGAAGGAGAUUCGCCUGGAGGACGAGGUUGGUUCAGUGCUUGGCAGCGAGAUGGUCAUGGAGAUCCCCGGCAUGGAGAGCCUGGGUUCCCAGGACAGCCUCCUUCCUUGCAAGGACGACCCGUCCAUCGGCUACCUUUACGUGCACCGGAACAGGUACUGGUCCAGCGAGAAGCAGGCCGUGGACCUGGCGGCUUUUGAAAGCCGUCGGAGCCAGAGCCUUCAGAAGAUCCAGCAGCAAGAGCGGCUGAGGACCAAGGCCCUCGAAGUCUCAGAGAAGGAGCCGACGAAGGCCGCGGCCAAAGCGGAGCUUCAAGCGCAGCUCCAGCGCAUCGACGCCGUGGCACCCGAGGCCCUCGGCUCCGCGCCGCAAACUGCGGAGAAGACCGAGGCUGCGGCUCCCAAGCUUGGGGACAAGGCUCUGAAGCUGGAGGCUGCCGUGGCGCCGAAGCACGUUCAGCUCGGGGCCGGGGCGGCAACGCUGGCAAGCCCUCCCGGUAGCAGCGCUGCGAGUAGUCCCCAUCACCCGGUGGUGCUGGGGCAGAGGUUUCGAGAGUGCCUUCUGGCUGAGGCAGCUGCGGCAAGCGAUGCGCCAAAGGCCGCGGCCGUGCAAGGUCCCUCCCUGGCUUCCGGUGCUCCCCUCUCCGCCUUUACGGCCAAGGUCGCAGAGAUUUGCUUUCCGCGUGGGCCCAGGGCCGAGAUUCAUGACCGCCGCCGUCGCAGCUCGCCUCAGCCGAAGGACUGGACUGCUUGCCAGACUGCAGUGCAGUUUGUUCUCGGGUCUCCAAGCGCUUUCUUUGUCAGAGGGGCCCCCCCGCCUUAA